AUGGCAAGUGAAAGCUAUCAACUUUUGUCCAAGAUUGCAACCAAUGAUCAACAUGGAGAAAAUUCUCCAUAUUUUCAUGGAUGGAAAGCUUAUGAAAAUAAUCCAUUUCAUCCUACAAAAAAUCCUCAUGGUGUAAUCCAAAUGGGUCUUGCUGAAAAUCAGCUAUGUUUUGAUCUGAUUGAAGAAUGGAUAAAGAAUAAUCCCAAGGCAUCCAUUUGCACUCUUGAAGGAAUGCAUAAAUUCAGAGAUAUUGCAAACUUUCAAGACUAUCAUGGUUUGCCAGAGUUUACAAGUGCUAUAGCAAAAUUUAUGUCAAAAGUGAGAGGUGGAAGAGUAAGAUUUGAUCCAAACAGAAUAUUGAUGAGUGGAGGGGCAACAGGAGCAAAUGAGUUGAUAAUGUUUUGCUUGGCAGAUGAAGGAGAUGCUUUUUUAGUUCCUACUCCUUACUAUCCAGGGUUCAUUCGUGACUUAUGUUGGAGAACUAAGGUUCAAUUAAUUCCUGUCCAUUGUGAUAGUUCCAACAAUUUCAAGAUAACAAGAGAAGCACUUGAAAUAGCAUACAAAAAAGCAAAAGAAAACAACAUCAAUGUAAAAGGUUUGAUCAUAACAAACCCUUCCAACCCAUUAGGCACAACCCUAGACAAAGAAACCCUAAAGAGUAUUGUGUCUUUCAUCAAUGAGAAAACAAUCCAUUUAGUUUGUGAUGAAAUCUAUGCCGCCACGGUUUUCACUUCACCAACCUAUGUAAGUGUUAGUGAAGUCAUACAAGAGAUGAAGUGUAACCUUGAUCUCAUUCACAUUAUUUAUAGUUUAUCAAAGGAUUUAGGGUUUCCCGGUUUUCGGGUUGGGAUAGUUUAUUCAUACAAUGAUCAAGUUGUGAGUUGUGGAAGGAAAAUGUCGAGUUUCGGAUUAGUUUCAUCUCAAACUCAACACAUGCUCGCUUCAAUGCUUUGUGAUGAAAAAUUUGUUGAGAAUUUUCUCUUGGAGAGUUCGAGAAGGUUGGCGAAAAGGCAUGAGAAAUUUACGAAGGGACUCGAAGAGGUUAAGAUCAGUCGAUUUCCAAGUAAUGCGGGACUAUUCUGUUGGAUGAACUUGAAGAGUUUGCUCAAAGAGGAAACAAUAGAAGAAGAGUUGAAGCUUUGGCAUGUGAUUAUUAACGAGGUUAAGCUUAAUGUAUCACCAGGGUCUUCUUUUAAUUGCUCUGAGGUUGGUUGGUUUAGAGUUUGUUUUGCUAAUAUUGAUGAUGAAACGGUGGAAGUUGCAUUGAAAAGAAUAAGAGUGUUUAUAGGGAAAGAAACAAAGAAGAAAGUUGAACAAGUCAAACGUUGGCAACCAAAUUUAAGGCUUAGUUUCACUUCAAGGAGGUUUGAUGAGAAUGUUUUGUCACCUCAUAAUCACAUAAUCAUCUCUCCUCAUUCACCACUUGUUAGAGCCACAUGA